AUGGCCUGUGAGGUCUGCCUGUGCGAUGCUGAGCAGAUCAAACCUGCUGACGACACUCUGGUGAUCUGGGGGCUGCGGCGCAGGAAACGUGGCCAUUUGGUGGCUCCAGGCAGAGCUAUGGGCUGGGGCGGGCGGAGGAGGGCCACCAGCUUUCUCCUGCCGGGUGUGGGCCAUGGUGGCGACGCCAAGGCCGGCUCCAAAAGCAGUGGCGUGUUUCAUGGAAAAGGCAGGGGUUGGGCAUUCACUCACCUCAGCACAGCAAAAGACUAUGCUGAGAAGGAGAAAGCCGCAGCAAAGGCUCUGGAGGAUGUGAAGGCUAACUUCUACUGUGAACUAUGCGACAAGCAGUACCACAAGCACCAGGAAUUUGACAACCACAUCAAUUCUUAUGACCACGCUCACAAGCAGAGAUUGAAAGAUUUAAAACAAAGGGAAUUUGCUCGAAAUGUGGCUUCAAAGUCAUGGAAAGAUGAGAAGAAACAGGAAAAAGCACUCAAGCGGCUCCACCAGCUCGCAGAGUUGCGGAAGCAGUCAGAAUGCAUCACAGAAAAUGGACCAAUGCUUAAAGCCCCCAGAUUAGUUGUGGAAAAGGAGCAAUCACCAGAUGAAAUUUUCCUAUACAAGGGUGGCAAAUUCAUGACCGGUACUCAAACCACGGCCAUGGGUGAAGGACAAGGUUUCCCCAGGAGCAUAUUAGAGAAACAGCAGCUUAUCAUUAGCAGGCACCGGUCACCUACUGAGAGACUCAACAUGGUUGGAAAUCAAGUCUCACGAGUGUUCCCACGUAGCACCAGUGCUUCUCAAAGGACAGGAGUGUCUUUCUCAUUCUCUAAAAAAGUCCCUUUGAAGCUCGAGUCUUCAGCCUCAGUCUUCAGUGAGAAUUUUGAAGAAGGAAAUGAUUGUAGUGAAUCCUCCAACUAUAAAAUAAAGCAAGCUCCUGAGGGCUGUCAUCUUGGCUCACUUUUGGAGGAGGAUGUAAAAUCAAACCUGGAUAAAGGGCCACCUAUUCCACAAGACCAAAUGGAUUUGGAUAACAGUGCAUCAAGUCAUGUAGCUGCCAAACCUAAAAUGCUAAAGGAAAAUGAUAAAAGCAGUGAUAGAGAAUUAGAAGAAACAGUCAAUACUCAUCUUUCAUUUUCCAAAGUCAAAACUCAUCUUUCAAAUUUGCAUUUUUCUGGUUCACUUAGAGAAACAGAGCAAGACAGUAAAUUGAAUGAGUCUGAGCAAUUGUUAGAAAUGCGUGUUUCACCUUCAUGCCACACUAGCAAUUUUUGUACACAGCAGAACACCUACAAGCACAGCAAUGCCCACCUGCCUGGCCAGUUACCAGAGCUCCCACCACAUCAAGCGCCUGAGCAGGGAGAUGUAAGCUACAUUAAUGACGGUCCUGGGAAGGUCAAAAGAGAGCGAUCUUUUGAGAGGUCAGAUCUUUUCAGAGUUCAGAAUGGGAAUAUGGAAACGCUUCCAAGGGAGACUGUGGUUAAAGAGGUUAAGCCCCAAGCAUUGCCUUUUCUUCAUGUAGUGAGCAAAGAUGGCAGCACUGCUCUGCAGUGGCCCACAGAACUACUUUUGUUUACAAAAACUGAGCCCUGCAUUUCAUAUGGCUGUAAUCCAUUAUAUUUUGACUUCAGGCUCUCUUUAAACCACAGAGAUGGUAAACAGCAUGAAACAAACAAAGAAAGCUGUAAAGAGCACUCUAUAAAUAAGAAUGCAGAUGAAAAUGAAGCCUCAGGUUUAAUAAAACACAAGCAAAUGUCAAAUGAACAAGAUAAUCAGUUGUUGAAACCAAAGAAGAUGAAAGGUUCCCUAAACCCAAGAAAGGCCAAGCAAAAAGCUGAGUCAGAUAUAGGGAAACAAAUGAAUGAAAAUGGUCAAAAAUACAUUUCGUAUUAUUUGAACGAAAAUAUACCCAAAGUGCCUGCUUACCUUGAUGUCUCACAAAAGGUUUAUAUGAGAGAAAAAAUUCUUCAUACAACAACACUGAGAAGAUCUUUAAAGCAUCAUUUUCACAACUGUGAAAGAAAGAAGCAUAGCAUUAGAAAUGAAAGUAUUUCCUUUUCUGCUUUUAUGUCUAGGAUUAAAAAAUCUAAGGCUGCAAAAUGUCAUUUGAUUUAUUCUGAAGGAAAACAUGAAAACCAAAAUGACUGCAGAUCUAUUCAAGACUUGGCCAGCUGCAGUGGUGACAUAAGUGACAAUGGAAAAGAUUCUGGUGGAAGUUUCCUUAGUUUUAAAUCCAGUUUGAACAACAGAUAUUCAGAAAAUGAAGGAUGUGGAAGUUAUAUGAGAUGUUGGAGAUUCUCCUCCCCUCAGAAGUCCUCCUCUGACAGACAUUCUAGCUAUUCUGACACUUCUAUUAGUAGUACAAGUACCUACAUAAGGAGUUCCUCUAGUCCCACCUCGAGCAAUCACAGUAGAAAUCAUUUGCUCUUUGGUUGCAAAAGAAAAAGCAAGAUAGCUGAAAGGCACAAACAUAAGCACAGAAAGCACAACUGCAUAUUCACUUCUGAUGAUGCAGAUGAGGAUUACCUUUGCCAUAUUCGUAGUCAAAAAACUAGAAACUGUUCACAGAAGGGCACAAUUAAGUAUCAAUGGUGUUUAAGACAUAGAGUUUUACACCAUAGAGACAGAUCUAAACAUAGCAGACACAGACACCGGCAUUUUGGCAAAGGGCAUAGCAGAAGUAGAAGCUACCAUAUCUCCAAAAGUUCUUCCACCAGAGAUUCAAGAAGCAGUGAAAGAUCAUCUAGUUGCAGAAUAUCAAGAGGUAGCAGUUCACAAUCCUUCUCAAAAAACAACUGUGAGAACAAACAAAAGGACAAUGCAGAAGGAGAUUCUAAUACUGAACCAGGAAAAGCUGAAACUACACAUUAUCACUCUCUGAAUGUAAAUUGUCAGUUAAAAAAAAAGGAUACCUGCUCUUCUGAAACCUUAGCAAAAGACAUAGAGGGAAAAAGAAAGUCACUGUCAGCCCAGCUGCUUUUAGAAAGAGUGCAAUGCAAGAAAACCCAGGAACAAAUGCACUGUUCAGAAAGAUUUUCAAACAGUUGUGGGAUAGAAUUAAAGGAUCACUCACAAAGUCACUUUGAGCUUCAGUUUUCAUCAUCAGUAGAUGACGCAGCAAUGUUACCUUUGCCAGAGAAACUCCUAAGCAUAGAUAAAAAUGAUACAGGGCAUAAUGAAAUCAGUUCAGUGGAAAACUGUGAGAACAAAAACAACUUUGAAGCUUCAGAGAUAACUAAUGUUGGUCUUUCAACAGGCACUGAUUAUGAUCAUUGUCUUUUUAAAGACCUCAUUCAAAUAGGAACAGGCUAUCAGAGCGCAAGCAUGAAAAGGAACACAGCAAUAAAGGAACAAUCCAAUCUCUUAAUUAGUGAAGUACAGCCCUUUAUACAAAGCUGUGACCCAGUACCAAAUGAUUUCCCUGGUGCUUUUCCCUCUAAUAAAUAUUCUGUUGUUGCUAAUUCAACGGAGACCAAAGAAGAACUACAUGAUGUAAACAUGGACUUGAACCAAGCGGACGGCAGUUCAGACUCUCUUUGUGACAAUGCUAUGCAGAAGUACAAUGAAACAGUAAAUGACCUAGAAGUGUACAAUAAAGCCAGUUCCCCUCCUUUAACACAGCAGCCUAUAACAUUUUCACCAGAGGAAAUAGAUAAAUAUAGGUUGCUCCAGCUGCAAGCUCAGCAGCAUAUGCAGAAACAACUUCUGGCAAAACACCUUAAAGUUUUGCGUGCCCCAGGACCAGCUGCCUUCUCUGCAACACCAGCAGUUCCCACUGUCCCCGUUCAGCAGCACGCUACUGUCACCACCAUUCACCACACGCUGCUGCAACGCUUUGCUGUCUCAGCAUCAGUACAUCCCCACACCAGCCAUCUCUCCCUCACACACCUCCAUCCGCUCUCUCAUGCGCAUUUCUCCCCCGUAUCACUUUCCGCUUUAGCACCAGCCCUCAUUCCCACCCAUGCCGCUCUGUUGACAGGUCACCCCUUACAUGUGGUCUCAGCUACCCCCAUUCACCCUUCCCCACUGAACUUCCCAGCAUUGCCACAUGCUGCAUAUAUCCCAGCUUUCUUUGCCCCACACCUGACUGCAGCCACCUCUGCUAUACAUCCAAAUCCCUUAAUUCAUCCUUUAUUCCAAGGACAAGAUCCCCACCACCAUUCUUGCUCUAGCCCAACCCAACAGUUACCCACAAUAAAAGACGUUUUCGGUGUUUCUAGCUAUUUAAGCUAGCCCAGACGUUUAUAUCAUGGCUCCAAAAACAACUUUGAAGAAAAAUUAUUAUUCAGUAUUCAAUCACAUGUCUGAGGGGAAAUCUACUGUUUUGUUGAGAGCACAUCAGCAAAUACUUUAAAGUCCAGGUUCUGGCUGCCAGCAUGUGAAUGUUGAUUUAGUUCUCAUAUUGUGAGUAAAAGCAAUUUAAAAGCUUUUCUUGUUAUUUUCACAAGAAGUACAGGGUCCAGCUAAUGUCAGUCUGCAGAAGGUUUAGAAAGAACAGUCUGAAAUGAAAUCUGUGGCUGUCAUCGGGAGCAGGACCACAGCACCCAAGCACACAAUAGGACCAAGAAUUUCAGAAGUGACUAGUGAUUUAAAGUGCUGUAAUUUAAGGUAGCGCAAGCUUGACACACCGCAAAAGCUUGUCUUUCUGAGUAUGUGCAGCAGCAUAACACUUGUUCUGUUUAAGGCAUUUCAGAUUGAACAAAAAAGAAGGACCAUAAGUCCCUGGUUCAAUCUCCUGGCAAAAAUACUUUGGAGAGCCCAAUUACUGAUGUGUAAUGAGUUACACUGGAAGAAGGUGACGGCAACAUCUCAGAUACUGCAGUGAUUUUAUAGCUGAAGUAUGUUGUUUAAACAGUGUCAAGGGACUGUUUUCUGGCCACAAGCAUAUAGCAAAAAAAUUCUCUUAGUGUAAGGAGGCUUUUUGCUGGCAUAAGCAGGCUGCUAUUUUUCUCUCCCACACAAAUGAUAGCGUAAGAAAGGAGAUGAAGCAAGUUCUUUGUCAUUGCGUGUCUGGGGCUGUGGCAUAGAGGGUAUGUCAGGGCUGGGAUUCAGAUGCUCAGAAUCGCAGAGGGUCCUGGCCAGGACUGCAGUACUUCUUUCUUGCCAAAAAGAUGUAUAUGGGAGAAUCUUGCCCAAAGAAUGUCUAAAAAUGUCUCAACCUCUUCACAAACAAUAUUCUUGGAAAAUUCUGGCUGGACUGAGCUCAUCUCCUCAGGCUCCCAGUGAAGGAAGAGUUAAAAUUUAGUAUUUCCAACAUCCAGGUGUUUAUUUUGAAGAAAUGCAGCUCUGCAGGGGGCUUCGAUUAGGGAAACUCCCAUUUAUUGAUAGGGUCACAAACAUGGCUGGCCCUAUAAAAUCCUGAGGAAACUCAUAAAAAUGUGGAAGUACUCCAAGCAGAAUCUGACCUACAGGUCAAUUUCCAUAAACAACCUCAGGACAGUGCUCAGCAUUUCCAAAUAUAUUGAAUCUAAACAAAUAUGCCAAGUUUUUAACAUGAUUUCCCAAACUUCCGUGAUGCAAAUUAAAGUCCUGAAUCUGCAGCAUAUGAAUGCAUGUGUCUAAACUUCAGCGUAAGGAGUGGUUGUUUGUGUUAAAAACCAUGCAAAUAACCCGUAUAUGGAAACAGGUUAGGGCUUCAGCACCUCUUUGAAUGGCACGUCUUGACUUUUUUUAUAAUGUUUCUAACUCAACACUGGCUAUGUAGUAUGAAAUGAAGUUCCUAAUUGUGGUUAGACUGCAGACAUGCUUCCCAAUAAGUGAAGAACAGUGAAGUGUCUGACAGACAGUACCUGUUUAUUUCAAUUAAGAAGAUAUUUGAAAUAAUUUGAAUUCAUUUGCAGUAGUUUAGUGCACAGUUAAUAAUUCAGAACUGACAAAAAUAAAACAUUAAAAAAUUGUGGUGGAAUUUUAUUUCAUGGCAUUGGGCUAGCUAAGGAAGCUGAGAAAUCUAAUUGUGAUUAGGGUAAGCUUAGAUAUCUAAAAUACUACUUAGAACCAAUUUUCUCACUUAGUUUUAAUCAGGCUAGAUUGAUACAGUGCUAAAGUAUUUUAAUUUCUAAAAGCAGCUGCUUCAGCAUGAGCUGAUUUUAGGCCAAACUUUUCAAAUGUGUUUAUUAAUUUUGACUGCUUAUUUUGCAGUUGAUUUGCAAAGUUAAAGUUUAUUUGGUAACUUAACAUUUUAGCCAUCAAAUAAAAAAGUGUAGGAAAAACGUUUGGAACAGAGCAGCAACAAACCGUUAGGAAUGAACAACAGGUUGGUGAAACCAGCACCUUUGGAUUUACUUUGGUUUCAUUCACAGCUGAUUCAUUUAUUCCUUAACAAAAUGGGGUCUUAAGUUUUGGAGUUACUUACACUUGCUGUUUAAUUUCUCUUUUGUCAAUUACAGGGAAAAUUUUAUUAAAAUUGUUUAUUCAAAAUUAAGGAAGUCAGAAAGUUUUGGGGGAAAUAUGUUAAGACUAAAGAGUCUCAUAUUCUAAAAAUUCUCUCUCUGAAAAUGUUUUCCUAAUUAGAUCUAAAUUUGCACAUAAUUUUGGCCUACUGAAACUUUAUUUUCUGUGAAUUUAUCACAUUUCACUGAAUGCUUCUUAUCACCUCUGAAAAAUUGGUGCUUGCUUGUUCAGAGUGAGUGCCCUGUCUCAGUGGAUCACUUGAAAAAAUUAGUUAUAAUUCUAUAGAAAAGGUGUGAAUUGAGCAUUUUGCAGGAACAGGUCAACUUGUGCUCUGGAAGAGGCUGGCAGAGCUGCACAGCCACAACCCUCCGUUUAGGACUGGUAUGAGCCUAAAAGAUGCAUUCCCUGCCUGACAAAUUUUUAAAUUUUUUGCGGCUGAUUUUGUUCCUAUUGAAGAUAAACUAAGUGUUCUCAUUGUCUUUAAUGGUUCUUUUGAAACCUAUGUAGGUACUAUUAAGAGAAAAAGUGGAAGGGAAGAAAUGACCGGCUAUUCUUAUACUUAAAUAUAUACACACACCUUUUGCACCCCUACUUCUUAUAGGCAUCAAAAAUUUUGCAAAAAUUCCUACGGCAAAAAAUCUAUGGCAACAAACCCAACCAACUGAAACCUCGUGGCAUCCUACUAAAUAGAUCAUUUUUGGAAACCUAUUCCAUUACUUAUAUACCUUUCCUUUAAUAUAUGCAUAGGAAAAUGAGUUUCUAGAAAGGAACGAGGAUAGCCGUGCAUAAUUUUUUAUAUCAACAGAGACGAUCUGGUAAGGCAAAUGUAUAGACAGUAAAAAUUAUGGGAGUUGGGAUCUUGAUAUGUACUGAUGGAAAAAGAGAGAUUAAGAAGGGAUAGAAGCAGCAUAAUAGCAAAAUAGCUGUUAAUAGAUUGGACUAAGAGAAUGUCCGGUAUUACAGAUCUUAGUAUACAGAAGGGAUUUUCUUGGAGAAAUAUGUUAAAAUUAUCAGCACAGCUGAGAUGACGUAUUUGCUCUACUUACUGCUGUAGUUCUUUUUCAUCAGCAAUUUAUUUUAAAUAUGUAACAUUAUAGUUAUUAAAAGCAUACUUGAGCCUGAUAUAUGGAGCCAUGCUACAAUUCCGAUUUUAUUUAGACUAAUUUUUACAAGGGUUACACAUUCCUGGUGGCAGAGGUAUAUACACUCUAAGCUAAUAAUCUGUUUAAGCUUGAUUGUAUAUUCUUGAUGCAUAAUCCAAGAAAACAGAUGACCCACACUGUAAAAUUUCAAUAACAAAAGUUUCUUGAGUUCCACGAUGAUGAAACUUUGACUUUUUUUGGUAACUGAGGCACUUCUGGAAAACAUUUAACAUGUAUAUUUGUUGUGCAGAUUUGCAUAAAAAUGCAUUUGACCAGAUUGAUUUUAAAAGCGUUAAGUUUAUAUUUAAAACUGAAUAAUACUCUGGCUAGUAUAAUAUGUAAACUAGUAAUUUUGUUUUGUAUCCUCUGUAUAAAGUGUUUUAUAUUAUACAGUAGCUAAGUGAAUUGCACUAUUGUACAUGCAAUGCGGCUUUUUUUUUAGGUUAUUCAAGAAAUUCCUGGGAAUGUAGUUUACUGCAAUAACAUUUUUUUUCAAUAAAAAGGCUUACUGGUAUAAAGAGUGUCCGUCACGUAUUUUUAAUGUAAAGCAUACCAAAAGGCAGCAACAUAACAAAAUGCAGAAUGAUGCAAACAUAUUCUGUAUUUUAAUCUGCAGAAAUGAAAUGCAUUUAAUUCAUCCCUGUGGCUAUAA